AUGCUUCUUGGUGGUGGAGCUAGGUCUGGAAAAGGUCUUCCCAGAGAUUGUUCCUUUGAGACAGAUAUAAUUGAACAUAACCGGUUUAGGGAAACUCUCCAGAAUGAGGGAGUGUGUGAACCCAUCAUAUUCCUGGUCUCCAGCUUUGACCGCUUAUUGCAUGACUUCCCAGAGCUUAGGAAGUGCUUGCACAGAGACAUGUCUGACAUAGGGUACCAUGGUCUCCUAGAGGACCUGCCUGAAAAUAAUGAGAAGGUCAUUAAUGACAAAGCAAUCACUUUGCAAGGGCAAAUAGACUCAGAGUCUUUGCAGGGAAACUUUGGAUUCCAGAAUGCAGAUGAUGGGGAGUUUUUGAAAGCUUCCCGCUCACUCUUUGGUGUGGAUGAUGAAUCUUUCCAGGAAGUGGUGCAGAGUAUGGGAAAACCCAUGGAGGAGUACAAGGCCAUUAUAAAGUCUCAGGAUCUGCACACUGUCCUCACAGGGGACUGGGCAUUACCGUGCAUGAAUUGUAAUAGAGCUUCUUACUUAUAUCCAAUUCUGAGCUACAUCCCAAUCCUAGGUAACACUAGUACCCACCUUAGAUGGUGGAAUCAGGGUCACCUCCUUGAAAUAGUUGCUGAGGACACCAAGACCAUCCUGAAGAAAAUCCUGACAGAAGCCAUCAUCUGA